CUCCACGUUGUUUCCUGCUGUAGGAUGGAGGAUGGUGGGAGAGCCCACACUGCCAUUGCUGGCUGGGCCUGCACCACGCUGUGCUUGGUGUCCUACGCAGCCGCCUUCUCGCAGGGCGCGAGCCUUUCUGCCUGCACCGACAUGAUGCCCAGGCACCUGAGGGUGCAGCUGCACAGCUCCAACAACAACUAUGUCACUGUCCACACCAAUGUGUCCUUCUACUUCCCGGGAGACAAGGUGCCAGUGACAGUAAGAAGCACGCGGGAUUACAUGGGCUUUAUGCUGCAGGCUCGCAAAGUGUCCAACAAUGAAAUCACUGGCACGUUCAUCUUCCUGCCUCCCGGUUCCAAGCUGCUGACUUGUUUUGAAGAUGGUGACACUGUCACACACUCGGACAAGUCACUGAAGAGAAACCUGUCCUUCGUAUGGAAAGCACCAGACCAACCCAUUGGAGACAUCAAGUUUUUGUAAGGACGUGCUGGUUCCUAAUCAGAAUUUGUGUCUUCUCAGUUACAGGCUGUUCAGCACAGUGCUUUAUGUAUCUUGAACCCAAUAUAGCUAAAUACUUACCAAAUGCUGCAACAAUAUCCCAGCUGGUACAUAAAUCACCAUUAAUAUCUGCUGUGUUCUGCUGCUUUUUAUUCACAUGGUCACUGUUUUCUCAGAAUAGAUACACUGGAAGAUGA